AUGACUCUUUUACUGAACGGAUCCAAACGAUUCGAGUGGCUGGGAUGAAUCAAAACAUUCUCACUAGACUCACACCAGUGCUUUCAAAUCGUCGGACUCCUACGGCGUUUCAUGCAAGCUAGGUUUAUCUGACACUUGUGGUGUUUAUCUAUUGCAUCCCUCCACAUUUGGAAAUGAAUGUUUGAUUUUUCAUCAUCUGCUUCUUAUCCGGCCCUAAUUUAUCAACGUAUUUGCAUGUCGUAGCCUGCUGAAUGAUGGACAACGGAAAGAGAUCGAUCACUGUUUAAAGGGCCUUUUGAAAGUCCAGCAUGAUUUGCAACAUUUAUGGAUACUAAAUGAAGAAGAAAACCCCAAGAAUUUUGGAUAUUCAUGACUAGAAGCAAGCAGCACCAUCAUGGGAUGUGGCACAUCCAUCGCAGUUGAGAAUCAAACACACCCCUCAGAAACAGAUGGCUCCAUCAGGCAGCCCAGCCCAGCUCUGACUAUAAAAGCUGCCAUACUGAUCCAGCGUUGGUACAGACGCUAUGUUGCUCGCCUGGAGAUGAGAAGACGCUAUACGUGGAACAUCUUUCAGUCCAUUGAGUAUGCAGGGGAACAGGACCAGUUACAGCUCUCCAGUUUCUUCAGUUUCAUGUUGGACAACUUCACACACAUGAAUGGGAAUGGACCAGACUUGAUCUCUCACCUCCUGGACUCUGUGGUUGACCCUUUAACUGAGGAGGUCAGGCAGUUGAAGUACGAGCAGAUUGUCGUGCCGGAAUCAUACUGCGGUCCUCGUCUUUCCUUCCCGCUGAGCGUGACUGAUACCAAUGCCCUGCUCAGCGCCUUUAAAGAGGAGCAGACUCUUCAUGGCAAAUAUGUGCUGCAGCUACUAUAUGAAACAAAGAAGUUCUUGAAGCAGAUGCCAAACAUCAUAUACCUGUCGACGUCCUAUGCCAAAGAGAUAACUAUAUGUGGCGAUCUGCAUGGUAGACUGGAUGACUUACUGCUUAUAUUUUACAAGAAUGGUCUUCCCUCCGCGGAGAACCCCUACAUAUUCAAUGGAGACUUUGUGGAUCGAGGGAAAAAAUCUACAGAGAUUAUCAUCAUUUUGUUUGCCUUCCUGCUGCUCUACCCCGACCACAUGCAUCUGAACAGAGGCAACCAUGAGGACCACAUCAUGAACCUCAGAUAUGGAUUCACAAGAGAAGUCAUGCAGAAGUAUAAGACUCAUGGCAGGGAAAUGCUACAGCUUCUUCAGGAUGUGUUCAGCCUGCUUCCUCUUGCAACUGUCAUCGACAACAAAGUGCUUAUUGUUCACGGUGGCAUAUCGGACAAAAUUGAUCUGGACUUUCUGAGCACUGUUGAAAGGCAUAAAGUGAAGUCUGUUCUCAGGUUGCCUAAAUGCAGCGUUGAUCAUCUCAACGUUCACGCAAACGUUCGCAGCAGCAGCAGACAAAGCGGCAGAUCCCGGUUGGACAGCCCUUGCUCCUCAGGCCGCACCAGUCGUGCCUCCCGCAGGAGGAAGAAGCACAUCACCAAACAGGGGAGCUGCUCCUCAUCUUCCUCAUCUUCAUCCUCCUCAUCGUCUGUGUGCUCCCCCCGAGUCUCAUCACGGAACACUUCACGUCGACCUCCUCCUUCUCCCAGUCUGCCAAGCCCCACCGAUGUGCUCCAAGUGCCCUUCCUGGACUCCUUCGUCUCCCUAGAGCCCCCUGAGCCACCCAGAGAUGAACUGGAACGGCAGCAAGUUGUCGAUAUUCUCUGGAGUGACCCUAAAAAUCAAAGUGGCUGCAGUCCCAAUUCUUUUCGCGGUGGAGGCUGUUACUUUGGGCCAGACGUGACACAGGUGCUGCUGCAGAAACAUGGCCUCUGUCUGCUCAUCAGAUCACAUGAAUGUAAACAGGAGGGCUAUGAGCUCUGCCACAACGGACAGGUUAUCACUAUUUUCUCUGCAUCGAACUACUAUGAAGAGGGCAGUAAUCGUGGGGCGUAUGUCAAACUCGGGCCUGAAUUGGUCCCACGCUUCUUCCAGUAUCAAGUCAGUCGGAGCACCAGAAAACUCACACUCCAUCAGAGGGUUUGUGUUGCAGAAGGUUCAGCACUCAGGGCUUUGAAAGAGAAGCUGUAUGCUCACCGCUCUGAUCUAAUGGCUGCCUUUCAACAGUAUGACAUAGACAACACAGGUCGCAUCUCCACUAGCGAGUGGGCACAGGUGGUGGAGUCUGUUCUUCGAUUGGAUCUGCCAUGGAGAACCCUGCGCCCACGCCUGGCCCGUCUUGGUGCAGAUGGCAACGUAGAGUAUGAAUCCUGCUUUGAGGACAUCAGCCCUGGAGAGCCAAUCCCUCCGGUAACACCAAACUUGGCUGAAACUCUUUAUAGGUAUAGAACUGACCUAGAGAUAAUAUUUAACAUCAUAGAUAAGGACCACUCAGGUCAGAUCUCCAUCGAGGAGUUUCGUCAGACUUGGAAGCUCUUCAGUUCUCAUUUGGGGGUGGCUGUGAAUGACCAGACGAUAGAUGACAUGGCUCGAAGCAUAGACUUUAACAAAGAUGGCAGCAUUGAUUUUAAUGAGUUCCUGGAGGCCUUCAGGGUGGUGCAUAAACUAGAUAUCAAAGAGCAGCAGCAGGGUUAAUUCUGAAUGAGCAGAUUACAGACCGCAAAGGCAGAUUUACAAAUCAUUUUUGGUACUUCAUCUUUAUUUUUUAACAACUCAUGGACACAGUUAGAAGUUAUUCAUUUUCGUUUUCCAGGAUUCGCAUUUUUCAUAAAGGUAAGAGUUUUAAAUCUUCCUGCCCUUUGUUAUAUAAAUAAAUUAGAAAAAUUGUUCAGAUGCACAGAAUAAAUACAGUCCCAGCUAUUGUGUUGCACUGUAAUUCACAAGUGCAGUGUAAUUGUUCAGCAGUUCAAAACCCUAUAAUUGUGACUUCACUUUGAGUCAUGAGUCAUUUCUGUUGUAGAUGUUUCUCUGAUAUUAAUUGCUCUGUUUUCAUCUUGUGCAUGGUUUACAAUGCAACGUCUUUUAUUAUCAAAACGUCAAUUUAUGUUCUCAUCAGAGACAUGAUGUGUUUCAUAAAAGUAAGGGGUCAAAAUGAAUAGAGAUGAAUUCCAAGGGAUGGUCAGUUUUCUCCCAAUAUAUAAACGCCAUAAAUCACAUCUAAUAUCUUUACACAUUUAGUGUUUAGUACACAGUGUUUAUUUAGGCAGACAAUAGGUUCUGAUCCCAUUACUUGGUCUACAUCAGUGUGAUCAUUUCCAAAAAGAAAAAAAAAUAUAUUAUUAAUCAAAAUAUUAAUAGUAUAAUAAUACUAAAAUACUGCAUUCACACAGGUAAAAGUAAAAAAACGUAUUGGGUUUUAUGCAUGGGUUUUAUCUGAAGACAUCUGGCCUGACUUGUGUUGCUCCUCUUAAGAAAAAAUCCAUACUGUCUGUUUUUGUUUUCAUCCUGUUUUGAAAAGGAGUGUCCAGGAGGUUUUAAACUCUAGUUAUUCUGUUUUGUGUCUCCUCCCCUUUUCUCUCUCAUUUUUUUUACUCCAUCUGUUCAAGACUCCUCUCUCCAGGACACUUUUAGGAUUUCGACAGUCUUUUUUUUUUACAGUGGAAUUUUCUCAGUCAUGCUAGGUUGGAGAUCUGCACUGCUAUGUGUAUUUUUGUCCCAGCUCUGGACGCAAACUCAAGGCCUUGCUGGCUGUAUGUUUUUCCAUUAUGGAGGACUGUACGUUACCUUCCCCUGUAAUCCAGGAUUCCGGAUUCACGGUUACCGUACUAGCAGCUGUGUGUCUGGACGAUGGGCCAGAAACCCACCGCUUUGUGUGGUUUAGUAAAUUCAUAUGUUUGUGAAAAUGCAUACAUUUAUUUAGUACUGUGAAUAUUGGCCUUGAAGCAGAUUAAUCUCUUUGAGAUUUUUCAAGUGAUAAAGCUUGUUUAAAAUAAACUUCCGUAGUUAAAGUUAUGUUUUAUAGUAUCUAAUAAAAUGCUGAUAACUAUAGCCAUGCCAAAAGUUGUUUUGUACCCCUGCAUCAGGAUGCCUCAGCCUUGGUGAUCUCCUGCAUGGAAGUACUGUGGUUUCUGAAGACAGAUCUCUGGCCUUCUUCAGCUGUAACACUGGAUUCAGUUUGUUUGGUUCUGCGCUUCUCUUCUGCAAGGGGAAAAGCUUGAACGCCACUAAGCCUGUCUGCAAGAGUAUGUCAUCUGAAUCAAGCUGACUGAUUUCAUGAGUGUUCUUCAUCUGAAGCAAGAGUCUUUACAUGAUCCUGUCUCAGCACAGGGCCAUGAUGUUCCUACAAGCCUAAAAAUUCACUUACAUAGCCAUUUAAACACCCUUGCAAUUACCGCUCCCAAAGAUGCUUUUUUAAAAACAGCAUUGCUUGGGGUCGCUCACAUCAGAUUUGACUUUACAGACCUCAAGCAGAAAAAUAUAAGGAAACCAGUAGAGAAAAAAACCCUCAAAGAUUCUAUUGUUUGACAAAACACAGCGGAAAGGCUGAGCCAGUCAACAACCUUGAAAACUUCAAGGAUUCAAUCAAGAACUCUGAUCUUAAGAAAUCUGUGACAGUGGCAUAUGCAAAUGUCAACACAAUCUCAUUAGCCAGUUCUUUUCUUGAAUCCUCAUUUCUGAACAAUGCCCCAACCAGCUUCGUCACACCAGCAAUGGACACUCAACAAGUCGAGAUCAUGGAUCGAACAUUUACUGAAGCAUACAGAAGAAAUAAAAAAGGUUAUCAGACCACGCUUGGUCCAGACAAAAUAUUUUCUUCCAAGAUUUUCAACCAGGAUACAUCAUCCAGUGUGUCCCUACCCUACGUUUCCUUCUCAUGGAACAUUCUACUUUCGGUCAAUAAAGAAUCCCGACCCACUUCAGUAUAAGCAUUAUAUUCAGUAUGCAUGUUACCCUGGAUACACAUUGACCAACGGUGACGUCUACAGCUAUUGUCAACACAAUGGACAAUGGAGUGGCCAAACACCUCUCUGCUUAGGUAAGAUAUGACACAUUAGAUCUAAAUAUGUAGAGAGUUCAUUUUUUUUCAGGAUUUAAUCUAGAAUUAAUUUUUUAUAUGAACUGUGCAAUCACAAAAUUAUCGUUUGAAACUGCAGUGCACACAACAUAAUUUUCACAUUUAACAUCUAAAUGUAUUCAUUUAUCUAUGGAAGCCCAUUUCCACCACAUAAGAAAAAAACAUGCCUUGAUAAAUCAUUAUUAUGACAAAAGGUUGAAACUGAGAUAAAAAUAUCAUAAUUAUGACAAAGUUGAAAUUUGCAUACUAAGGUAUAACUGAUAAAAGUUGUAUUUAUGACAUACUAAAUAAUUGUCUUUGUCUUAUAAUUUUGACUUUUUAUCUCAAUAGGUUUUACUUAUGUCAUAAUGACAUUUUAUCUCAUAAUUGUGAUUAUUAGUAUCUUAUACUUUUUAUUUUUUAUGUCAUAAUUAUGAUUUACAAAAGCAUGUUUUUGUUUUUUUCUUAUGUGGUGGAAAUGUGCUCACAAAGAACAUUUAAGUUGUUGGGAAGAUUCGUUGUUCAUGUGCCUAUUUAGGUGUUUUUAUUGUAUCAACGCUUUUUAGCAUAUUGACUCUUUCCUGUCACCACCCUCUAAUCUUACACGUCUGUAGAUCUCUGUCAUCAGUGUAAUAUACUGCUCAUCAUUUGUCUAAGCAGGUGACAGGCAGAAAUGUAUAACACAGAAGGGCUCAGAAUGGCUGUAAACAUCAUCAGACACAUCUGGGAAUAUAUGUUUAUACAGAUGGAUAUUACUGCUUUGAACUCAGGUGUUCUGCUAAACAUAUUAUUUUAUUUCAAAAAUGCAUGUAAAAAUAUAUUAAUGAAUCAAAUUCAGUUUACCACUGUGCUUUAGUGGGCUGUUUUUGUUAAGCAAAAAGUAAUUUUAAAAAUCAUGUAAUUGUCACAAGUGUUUCCUGUCUACACAAGGUAAAUUCAUUAAGCCAGAGAAUCUGUAAGCCACUGCGGAUGUGGGAUUUCAGUCUCAGCAGUGAGCAAAUCAUGUUGUGUUCUCUAAACCUAAACCAUACCAUGUAAAUGAAAUUAUACUAUCUGAAAACGUCCGCUCAGUCUGUCACUUUCUGUUUCAUAAGCCAUUAAAAACAUACUGUUUCUGUGUAGUGACUUUGAUCAUCACUAGUUGAAUAUGGCUGUUAUAUAGAGCUCAAAGCUUAAAUCUGAUAAAAGGUACAGCAUGUGUGUGGUUCACAUGGUGUUUUAAGUGUUAUUCAUCAUUUAAGGAAGAAAAAAAAGCAGUAUACUCU